AACGGUAAAUUAGCGAUGCGCAUGUCCCGCAAAUGUCAACGUAUACCAAACAUUUGCCUAACUGUUAUACUGAGAAAAAGACGAAACAAAAAAUAAUUCAAUUAUAACACACGCAGCUGAUACAAGUGACAGCAAGGAAGGAUCUAAGGAGACCAGUAACAACAACAAAUGUUUGCUGGAAAAUGGAAAAAAUGGAUAACUCGGAGGCGCUAACGAAGAAGACCAACAACAGUGUGGAUCUAACCAAACAGGAAUCGAUGAAGCCACGCUCCUUUAUAAGGGGGACAAGUGGUCAUCUGCUGCAGCAAUUGAAUGAGUUUAGGAAAAGAGAACAGUUCACCGAUGUUGUACUCCUGGGCUGUGAUGGCACCCGGAUAUCAGCUCAUCGUAACAUACUCGCUGCCGCCAGUCCCUACUUUAUGGCCAUGUUCAGCGGCCAUUUCCCGGAAAGUGAUCAACCUGAAAUAUAUUUGCCCGAAAUCGAUACGCAAUGCCUGCAAUUGGUGGUGGAAUUCAUUUACACAGGUCUUGUCGACAUCAGUGACGAUUAUGUCCAGCAACUGAUGCAGACCGCCUCGUUUCUACAGCUAGACCACUUGUCGGAUAUGUGCGGUGAACAUAUGGGCGAACUACUGGAUCCGGAGAAUUGUUUGGGUUUCAAACACUUUGCCGAGAAACAAAACAAUCAAAUACUGCUGGAAAUGGCCAAGGAUUAUAUUAUAACACAUUUCCAGGAUGUGGUGCAGUGUGAGGAGUUCUAUGAAAUGUCCUACGAGGAGUUAGUGCCGAUUCUCAGCAACAAUGAGCUCUUCAUGCAUUCCGACGAUACAAUACUCCAGGGAAUUGUACGCUGGGCCGAGUACAUGCCCGAACAACGGUUGUCAUAUCUCUCGCAACUCCUGCGUUUCAUCCAUCCGAUGUGUGUGUCCGCGGAGGUCACAAGGUCACUGACUACCCUGCAAAAGCAAAACGAUUGCUCACAAUGGCUAAGCGAAGUCCAACACUAUGAGGGUAGCUCUGAAUGGCGUAUAUUUUUGGUGGAUAAAAUGGGUCGAAACCCGGAAACAUGUCGUUAUGAUUUGAAGACGGGUACAAUGUUGACCCUGAAACCACCUCCAAGGCCCGCGUUUGCCAUUAGCCUGGCAGCCUAUAAAAAUAUACUCUACAUUCAGGGUGGCAGUAUUGGACGUAGUACAAAUAACUGUUAUUACUAUAAUAUAUAUCGUGAUCAGUGGCAUGAUUUGGCCCCAUUGCAGGUGAAACGCUCCCAUCAUCGUUCGCUCAUUGUCAACGAUUGCCUCUAUGCCAUUGGGGGGAAUUCUUCGAAUGGCAUUACCAACUCGGUGGAAUAUCUCAAUUUGGCCACAAAUAAAUCGGAUUUCUGCAAACCCAUGCUGGUGCAUCGCAGCUCCAUGGGCGCCGUGGUCCAUGGGGAGUGUAUGUAUGUCAUGGGCGGUGAGGAGGAGAUACGUAGCUAUAACUGCCUGGAACGCUAUGAUCCCCGGGAGAACUCUUGGCAAUUUCUGGCGCCCAUGAAUGAUGUGAAGGGAUAUUGUUCCAGUGCAGUGCUGGGCGACAAUAUCUAUUGCUGUGAGGGUUUGGGCAUGUGCAUGGAACGCUAUGACAUGCGGGCCAAUCGCUGGGAAGUCAUAGACUUUGGUGAGGAGCGAGAGUUCUACGAGAUCUUCACCGUCGACAAUCAAUUGUAUUCCACGUGUGGUGACUUUAUUGCCCACUACGAAAUGGACGCGAAUCGCUGGGCUGUCAUCCAUCGGUUUCCCUAUGUUCGCGAUUGGGAUUACGCUGUGGCAAUGAACAUGGUCAAUUAUGGUGUCGAGGAGGAAUGACGUUAAGUUUUUUUUUUGCAUUUGCAAGGUGUGUUGUUGUUUUAGGUUUAAGUUGAACGAAAACAAAAAAUGUUAGUGAAAAAUAUUAAUGAUAAUAAUAAA